GCCGCCGCCGCCGACCCCCAGACGCCCCAGGCUGUGCGAGACCGCGUCGCGGAGGCGCUGAAGGCAGCGGAGGAGGUGCUGGAGGCAGCCGAGCGGGCGCCGGCCUUGCGGCGCGUCGACAGCGUCAGGCAGAGGCAGUCCUUCGCCGAGUUCACCACCAUGCUGGGCGAGGAGGUGAAGGAGGAGGCGGACCGGGCGAUGCAGGAGGGCAUCCAGUAUGCGGAGAGGACCAUCCGGAAGGCCAAGAGCCUGGUGGAGGACCACUUCGCGAUCGACGAGGCCUUCCGGAUGCUUGGGCCGCUGCGACAGGACUCCAACAGGGCGCGGGACGUGCACGACAUGCCCCUCCAGUGGCAGAAUCGCGUCGCGGCGAAGCAGAGGGGUACGUCAUAG